UCUAAACAAAAUGAGUGCAAGGAAGCUAACUUGUGCAUUUAUAACUUUGACUGUGGUUCUGUUAUGUCAAAGUGUGCGUUCUCAGCUUCAAGUAGGCUUUUAUAGAAAUUUAUGUAACUUAGCUGAAACCAUAGUUAAAGAGGAGGUAAGAAAAGGCAUCAGUAGGGACGAGGGAGUGGCUGCUGGUCUUGUGAGACUACACUUCCAUGACUGCUUUGUUAGAGGUUGUGAUGCAUCAGUACUCAUUGACUCCACUCCAGGAAACUCAGCAGAGCAAGAUUCUCCAGCAAAUGAUCCCAGUCUACGGGGGUUUGAAGUCAUCGAUAGAGCCAAGGCUAGACUUGAAGCCAUAUGUAAGGGUGUUGUUUCCUGUGCGGAUAUAGUCGCAUUUGCAGCCAGGGAUAGCAUAAUGAUAGCUGGAGGGUUUGGCUAUGAGGUUCCUGCUGGAAGAAGAGAUGGCAGAAUUUCUCUAGUUAAUGAGACAUUUACUAACUUACCUCCCCCUAAAUUGAAUGUUGACCAACUCACUCAAGCCUUUGCAAAGAAGGGUUUCACACAAGAAGAAAUGGUCACCCUUACUGGAGCACACACCAUUGGCCGCUCUCAUUGCACUUCUUUCACUGAAAGAUUGUACAAUUUCAAUGGAACCACAAGUCAGGACCCAAGUUUAGAUUCUACAUAUGCGACUCAGUUGAAGCAGAGGUGUCCACAAGGCAGCAAAAAUCCUAAUUUGGUGGUUCCAAUGAACACUGAUUGCCCUAGCUUCCGUGAUGCAGGCUACUACAAGAAUGUUCUAGCUAACCGUGGACUGUUCACAUCAGACCAAACACUCAUGACAAACGCAGCAACAGCAAUCCAAGUGAAUCAAAAUGCCAGGAACCCCAAUCUUUGGAGGAGCAAAUUUGCUGCUGCAAUGUUGAAGAUGAAUCAACUUGAUGUAUUAACGGGUGAUGCUGGUGAGAUACGUUCAAAUUGUAGGGUGAAAAAUAGCUAGAGAGAGAGGAGAGGGAAGCUUAGUAAUCUUUAAGCUAAAAGCUGGAUGCAUAUUGUGCCUGUAAUCAGUAUAAUCACAAGGCAAGCAAUAAUUAUUCAAG